GAAAUGUUAAACAAUGUGAACAACCGCUCAGUAGUUUAAAUCCUUGUAAAUUGGUUGGCAAUUAUACCGGUGAUACCAUUCCCGCUAAUAUGCUAAUCACUGAUAAAGAUGUGUCCAUAAGACUCAUUACGGACCACAAUAACGUUAAACGAGGUUUUAAUAUCACGUUUGAGACCGAGGAUAUGGGUUUGAACACGAAUGCCGGUGCACUCAUAUCCACUGACUAUUCAAUUCUGGUUAAUAACGCCAACCAUACUGUCCGGCGAGUGGUGUCCACUGGUGUGGACAUCAAUGAGAUCAUUGAAUACGACUUCACCCAAAGACUGGUAGUUGUCUACCAAAGGGACGCCAAACACAUUGAGUUAAUUGAUUUAAAUGAUUGGUCUGAAGUAAACCGAUUCCCAUUGACGGGACGGGAUGUCAGACACGAUCUAAUAGCUUUCGAUUACAUCCAUGACCUGAUCUACUGGUUGGACACGGAUGUAAAAGUGAUAAAAGUAUUGCACAUUGAAAACAGUAAAAACAUAUACACAGUAUGUCCCAUAAAUACGGGAAACGCCAGGGAUUUACGGAUAAAUGUCUUGAAAGGGGUAUUAGUUUGGAGUGAAAUCGGAUUUAAGGCACAUAUCGUUGAAAGCAAUUUAGACGGAAGUAAUCAAUCGGUUAUUUACGACAAUAAUAGACAAGCAUUUCAUCUGACAGUCGACUAUCAGACACAACGAUAUUAUUUCAUUGAUAUCACAGACUAUUCACUCUAUUCUGUGGACUUUUACGGCAAUAAUGAAAAACUUUUCUACACUUCGUAUCCAUUGUUUCAUUCGUUGAACUCAAUGUCGGUAUUGAAUCGCGAUUUAUAUCUAUCUAACGAUCAAAUGGUGUAUAAAAUACCGGAAUUCCCGUUACGUAUACCGAAGGCCGAGGUACUGUUCACUACAUAUGAUGUGAACCAAAGUUUUAGCAAAAAUAAUGAAUACUUUUAUGGGUUUAAGACAUUGAGAGUCAGUAGAGAAAAGUUUUACAGCUUUAAGACAAUGAGUCCACUGUUGAGACCUAAUGCCGUCAAUAGAUGUGAAGCACAUGUGUGUAAAGAACUGGAGCUAUGCAUACCGUUGGGGACAAGCUAUCGGUGUCUGUCCAAGGAAACUGAUAGUGGUAAUCAAGACCCUCCCAACCCCUAUGUUGUAGUACCAAACAAAGGUGAAUCAAUGGACAGUCCGUCUAAGGAGGUGGUGGUUCAACACCCGGUGACAGUCAAUGUGGCCGAUCCGCAGCCCAUGCCUACUCCGGCCGGCAUGUCGGCGCUUAAGACACGAGUGGUGGUGGUGCACAAUAACAUGGUGCCGGUGCCCAUCGAGUGCUUCCAACCGCCCGACUCGGGCACCUGUAGCAAGGAUUUGGCGCNAUAUUUUCACCCUCCCAACCCCUAUGUUGUAGUACCAAACAAAGGUGAAUCAAUGGACAGUCCGUCUAAGGAGGUGGUGGUUCAACACCCGGUGACAGUCAAUGUGGCCGAUCCGCAGCCCAUGCCUACUCCGGCCGGCAUGUCGGCGCUUAAGACACGAGUGGUGGUGGUGCACAAUAACAUGGUGCCGGUGCCCAUCGAGUGCUUCCAACCGCCCGACUCGGGCACCUGUAGCAAGGAUUUGGCGCGCGUUUACUACGAUCACGAGACCCGUACGUGUAAACCAUUUUCGUAUACCGGGUGCGGAGGGAAUGCCAACCGAUUUCAGAGUAUUAAGAACUGCUACCGUAUAUGCCAUCCCUAUAGAUACAAAAUCCGUCCAAAGGUGGCACACGGGAAGGGUAGUGGCAGACAGGCUCUCAAAAUACGACAGGUGCCCGCUCAGCACCAGUAUCAACCUCACGGGUCUGGCGGUGCUCACGGAUUUUCUGCUAUGUCCGGUAUGGGACAGGCAAAUGGUGUACAGGGAUAUGGCGCACAUGGCGGAUAUGGUUCCGGUGGUGGUUUUGGCUAUGGUGGAGGUGGUGGCUAUGGUGGUUAUGGUGGUUAUGGCCAGGGACAGCAACCGGGAAAUUAUUAUGGAAGUGGAUACCAGGGCCAGGGUCAGAUGCAGAAUUUUGGAGCGGGAGGUUACGAAUCUCAGAACUAUGGAGCUCAGAGUCAGGCACAGUCGGCCAACUACGCGGCACAGGGAGCUCAGAGCCAAGCACAGGCGGCCAACUAUGCGGCACAGGGAGCUCAGAAUCAGGCACAGGCUGCCAACUACGCGGCACAGGGAGCAGGGAGUCAGGCGCAGGCGGCUGGCUUUGCAAACUUUGACGAUAUGACUAAUAAUAGGAUAGGACCUCCAGAUGGUGGUGACGAUAAGGGCCAGAAAGCACCGGGUGAUCCCAAAAAAGGUAGUAUAUAUGAGAAGCAGGCAGUGAUGACACCCGAGGGGGCAAAGGUUAAGAACCAAUGGGUCGGCGACACUGAUACGAAAGGACUGCCUAAUAAUUCUGGGAGUAUAUCAGUUUGA